AUGCGCCACCUAAUCACUGUGCUUCUUCUUUUUGUACUAAUUGAUGCCCUAUCCUACAACGAGCACUUGCAAUUCAAACAACUUCAACACACGACAUAUACUCAGUAUUUACGAGCCUUGGCGCAAAGAAAACGCCGGUUCCAGAUCUAUAAGUCGGCUCUCGCUGUCAAUGUUCGUUACUUUAAAUUAUAACAUUCUGAAAAAUUUUUCUAGCCGCAACCGGUGUUGAAAAUCCUGUUCUUUGACAACGACACGAAGAUUGGUGACACUCCUGCGCAAGCCGGAGCCAACUUCGUCGGAAUAGAACAGGCCUCGACUCGUCCAGUCACUGUCGACGACGAGAUUGGAUUGCCUUUGAACCAGCCACUUGGAGAUAAAUCUCAGAAAACGCAGUUUUACAAUUGGGCACAGCUUUACAAUAAUUAUUAUAAUAGCCAUCCAAACUAUUAUGGCAAUGGUCGAUGA